AUGUCUUGUGAUCCUUCCCUCAUGAGUGCAAGGCCUGGAGAGGAUCCUGAGGGUGGAAGCUUCUUGGAGGAAAGCAGUGGUGUGGGUGACAGCAGUAGUGUCCUGGGAGGUGACAGCCCGGUCACGGGGCCGCUGGGUGCAGUGCUGCUGGUCAUCUGCCUCACUGGGAUGGUGGGGAACAUCUACACGGUGGUGGUGGCCUCUGGCAGGGUGGCAGGCCGCUCAGUGGGCUCCUUGGGGGUCUAUGUGAUCAACCUUGCCCUGGCUGACCUCCUGUACCUCUCCACCAUCCCCUUUGUAGUCUGCACCUACUUAGCCCAUGACUGGUUCUUCGGGGACAUGGGCUGCAGGCUUUUGCUCAGCCUGGACCUCCUCACCAUGCAUGCCAGCAUCUUCCUCCUGACCGCCAUGAGCCUGGAGAGAUACUGGGCAGUGGCCAGGCCGCUGCGGGCCAGGCAGGCCGGCAACGCUUACCGCAAGCUGGCCAGUGCCAUCCUCUGGCUCCUCUCGCUCCUGCUUACGGCCCCCAUGAUGGUGAUGACCCAGCUGCGGGAGGCGGGUGGCCCCCACAAGCGCAUCUGCAUCCCCACCUGGACGCCAUCAGCCUUCCGGCUCUACCUGACAGUGCUCUUUGCCACCAGCGUCCUGGCACCUGGCAUGGUGCUGGGUGUUGUCUAUGCCCGCCUGGCCCGGGUGUACCAGUCCUCCACCUGGGGCUCAGGGCUGCCGGUGGCUGGCCGGGCCCCUGCCCGGCGGCUCUUCUCCAGGAUCUCCGCCAUUGUGGUUGCCUACUGGGCCUGCUUCCUCCCCUUCUGGGCCUGGCAGCUGGUCGGGCUGUACCGGGGUGAGGGGCUGGGCAUCGGCCCCACUGCCCAGGCCUACCUCAACUUCGGUGUCACCUGCCUGGCCUAUGGCAACAGCUGUGUCAACCCUUUCCUCUACACCCUGCUUGCCGGCAGCUACCGCCGGCGCCCUGACCGCACUAGGAUGGGCACGGCACGGCCCCUGGCACCCUCCCAGGAGGCCAUGGCAGGUCCAGUGGGAGGCCACAGCAUCCCCCUGGCUUUCGGGGAGCCGUCAGGGUCUGUGGGGGAAAGCAAAGGGUGA